CUGCUAUGGCUAUGUUGGAUAUUCAAUAUUGAAAUUUUGUAACUGUCAAAGGUUUCUUUCUGAGAAAAUAAGGAUAGAGAGAAUGGCCGGCGCAUCCGAAGAGGGACAAGUCAUCGGCUGCCACACCAUCGAGGCUUGGACGGAACAACUCCAAAAGGGCAAUGAUUCCAAGAAACUCAUUGUGGUGGAUUUUACUGCUUCUUGGUGUGGACCAUGCCGUUUCAUUUCUCCAUUCCUGGCUGAGCUGGCUAAGAAGUACGGAAAUGUCAUAUUUCUGAAGGUGGAUGUAGACGAAUUAAAGAGUGUUGCUGAAGAUUAUGCUGUUGAGGCAAUGCCGACUUUUGUGUUUGUGAAAGAGGGAACUCUUCUGGGGAGAGUGGUGGGAGCAAAGAAGGAAGAAUUGCAGCAGACAAUAGAGAAACAUGUGUCUGCAGCUAGUGCUUAAUCUUGCUUAUCUCAGCAGUUUACUUUCAGUUUUAAAGACAUUUUAUGCUUUGGUAUUUAUGUUUUAGAAUCUUGUAUUAGACACUAAGUAGCUUUUUACUCUGUCAUCUCUUUCUGGAUACCAACUGCUGCUUUGCUUCAGUCUUAAAUAAUACUGGCUGUGCUUUCUUAAAUUAUAUCCAUCAAUCAUAAUUACA